AGGCAAUUCAGUACACAGAAAGAGGUUCUUCGACGAUCAAAAAUCAAGUUUUUGUGUCCAGAAUGUCUCCGAGGUUUCCCACGACCAGACACUCUAUACCGACAUCUCCAAGAGGUAGAUGAUGAGGCCCACGAAGGGUUUAGUUUGAGGAAAAAAGACUUCAAGCGAUUCUUCCCAUGCUAUCAAGAGUGCCUCGGUGCUUCAGUCCCAUCGAACUGUCUGCCCAAGCCGCCACAUUGCUUUGAAUCGCAGUUUGUCAUCGAACACUGGGCA